AUGAAAACAACCUCCUUCUGGGCCGUCCUGCCCCUCCUCGCUCCCGCCGCCCUCGCCAAACCUGCUCCAACACCAACAACCACCCCAUCAAGCUGCACGGCUUCCCUCGUCACAACCAUCUGCGACUACCCUACCCCAGGCCCCGAAUUCGCCAUCGCCAGCGACGGCAAGUCCUCCUGCUGGGAAUACUGCAACAAGCACCAGCCAUGCAACUUUGUCAUCUUCGUCGCUGGUAACCCCUACACCGGCACCGGCACAUGCUGGCUGUACCCGGGCCAGAAGUUCGACCCCAGCAAGGCAUCUUCCAGCUGCGGCCACCCCAGCCUCUCUGUGUUUGAUAAGCCUGUUUGCUCGGGGAGUCCAGAUGGGUGUGCCGCGACGGCGAGCCCUUCUGCUGUGGCGGAGGUGUGUGGGUAUCCGGCGCCGGGGGACUGUUUCGACAAUUGUUAUGCUAGUAGUGGUGCGUCGCAGUGCUUGAGUCUGUGUGCGAAGGCGGAUGUUUGUGAGUAUGCGGUGUUUAAUCCGCAUAAUCCUACGAAUUCGCCGUAUGGGUCGGGGACGUGUUGGGUGUAUGGGGAGGGGAAGUAUGAGCCUGGGAAGGCGGGGACGUGUGCUGGUGCUGUUGAGCAGUAUGUUUAUAAUAAUGUGUGUCCGAAGCCGAGGGUGUCGAGUACGUCUGCGGCGGUGAAGGCUACUGGGACUGGGACUGGGACUGGGGGUUCUACUGGUGGCGGAAGCGGAAGUGGUAGUAGUAGUGGAAGUGGGAGCGGAAGCGGAAGUGGUAAGGGUAGUGGUACCGAGACUGGUACGGUGAAUGGUGAUGCUGUGCCGGUCAUGGCUACGAGUACGAGUGAGAAUUUGGCGCCUACUGGUUUGUCGUUUGGUCGUCCUUUGGCUGUGGGUGUGGCGGCGUUGGCGUGGCAGGGUCUUUGA